ACUGAAACCACACACUAAAACUAAAUAUAAUGACGAUUUGAAAUAAUAAAACAUAGCAAACAAAGUACAAAUUUCCAAGGAAUAUCAAUAAAAGUAACGCUGAUUUCACACCGGGUACAUUUGUCAUUGAAUUAGUUUUGUAUUCUGUCACAACAGAGUAUUAGUAUUACACAGUUACACAAUUUUUAAAUCCUACUGUGAAAUCAGCGGUGUGGCCUGGCCUCUUAUAAUCGGUGGAAAUCUGUGGCCUGGCCUUCGCUUCUGUGGAAUAUCAAAGAUGAAUCUUUGGACUGCCCGAUCGGUAAUGCACUGCUUGAUCCGGCAGGCCCAUAUAUUGGCCAGAAACAGAAUCAAAGUGCUGCCGUCGCAACAACAUGCCGCGCCGGUAUAUGAUCGCCGACGUUCGUCUCAUGGAAAACUAUAUGAAAUGGUAAAAAAGCGUACGCUUGAGGCACGCACUAAAUCUCAGGCUCAGAAAUACCCGAACCAAAAUGUUUGUGUGAAAAGAUACAGGGAGGAGGAGGAGGUGGAGUACGAUACCGAUGUUGCAGAGUCUCCUCCUUCUUGUUCACAACAACAACAACAACCACUGCCUCCGCCUCAUUUUCAAGCAAAAUAUCAAGAGUACAAUAGCCAGGCGGCUGACCAUAAGUCAAAGUUCCCAGGGGCCUAUGCGACCAGCAGCAAGUACAUGUCCACCGCCAAGGAGGUGCUCAAGUCUUCAGAAGUUACAGGCCCCUUGAUGGAUUGCAACAAAAAACAAACAACCAAGGAUCCUUGUGAUCAGUUUAAGCAAAUGCGUUUGGAAACUGAACAGGUACAAUGUCCGCCGGGUGGAGGAGCUGGCGGUGGCGGCGGCGGCGGCGGUGGAGGCGCUGGAGACGGCGGCAAGGAUUGUGAAGACCCAAACAAAUCGCUGAAAUUGAAAUGCCUUAUGGGUGCCCUGGCCGCACUGGUGGCUGGUGGAUUGAUUGCCUGGUUUCUGGCGAGUACAAAAAAAGAUGAUAAGUCAGGAGGGUCAGGCAGCGGCGAUGGCAGUGGCGCCGGCGCUGGACUUAAUUCAGCAGAGGCUAGGAAACGCGCCCAGUUGGCAGGACUUUUAACAAGUCCUGACAGCUCUGAGAAGCUGCCCAAACAUGUGCCUUACUUGAUCAUUGGCGGUGGCACGGCCGCCUUCUCUGCAUUCCGUUCCAUCAAGUCGAACGAUGCCAAGGCCAAGGUGCUGAUUGUUAGCAAUGAAUACCGCAAACCCUAUAUGCGUCCGCCCCUAUCCAAGGAGCUGUGGUACACGCCCAAUGCCAACGAAGAUCCCAUCAAGGAUUAUCGCUUUAAGCAAUGGACUGGCUCCGAACGAAGCUUGUUCUUUGAACCGGAUGAGUUUUUCGUGGAUCCCGAAAAGCUGGAGGACAGUGUAAAUGGUGGUAUAGCCGUCGCCCAAGGAUUCUCAGUGAAGAAGGUGGAUGCCCAAAAUCGCACUGUGACAUUGAACGACGGCUGUAAGAUCACUUACAAUGAGUGCCUCAUUGCCACAGGCUGUGCCCCCAAAAAUCUGCCCAUGUUCCGUGAUGCAGCGCCCAAUGUCCGCGAGAAGGUGAUGGUCUAUCGCACACCCGAUGACUUUGAUCGCCUGCGACGCUAUGCCACCGAGAAGCGUUCAAUUACGAUUGUGGGCAAUGGCUUCAUUGGCAGCGAACUGGCCUGCUCCCUGGCCCACUACUCAAAGGAGAAUGGCGGUGGCAAGGUCUAUCAGAUCUUCCAGGAGAACGGCAACAUGUCCAAAGUCCUGCCCAACUAUCUGAGCCGCUGGACCAUGGCCAAGAUGAAGAAUCAGGGUGUGUGUGUCAUACCCAAUGCCAGCAUCAAGUCUGCCACCAGAGACGAGGACUCACUCAAAUUGGAACUGAACAAUGGCAUGACCCUGCUCUCCGAUAUUGUGGUGAUAUGUGUGGGCUGUUCGCCCAACACGAAUCUGGCAUCGCCCAGCAAACUGGAGGUGGAUCGCAGCCUGGGCGGUUUCGUGGUCAAUGCAGAGCUGGAGGCACGCCGUAAUCUGUAUGUGGCUGGCGAUGCCUCAUGCUUCUACGAUCCUUUGUUGGGCCGGCGACGUGUGGAGCAUCAUGAUCAUUCGGUGGUCUCCGGCAAACUGGCCGGCGAGAAUAUGACGGGAGCAAAGAAACCCUAUGUGCAUCAGAGCAUGUUCUGGUCAGAUUUGGGCCCUGAAAUUGGCUACGAGGGCAUUGGCUUGGCGGACUCUUCACUGCCCACUGUGGGCAUCUUUGCACUGCCAUCGGCCACCGGCGGACGCUCGAGCACAGAUAACUUGACCGAAAAUCGCGAGGAAGACGAUGGCAGCAAGCACACAAUAAUAGUUGAUGACAAAACCAAUGCAGAGGCGGUGACCUGUGAUGAUGAUGCCAACGAGGAGCAGCCCAACUAUGGCCGUGGUGUGAUCUUCUAUUUGAAGAACGAAAAGAUCGUGGGCGUUCUUUUGUGGAACCUGUUUAAUCGCGUAGGCUUAGCUAGGACAAUUAUUAAUCAGAAUAAGAAGUACGAUGACCUCAAUGAGGUUGCCAAGUUGUUUGAGAUUCACUCUUAGUAGUGGUUCUUGCCCCCCCCCACCCACCACCCUAACCACCUCCCGUCAACUCCCCACAAAAAAAAACUAUAUGUACAUAUGCGAUUUGCCGCAAUCGAACAGAAAUUUUAGUUCUAGUUUUUCGUUUCCCCCACCCUUUAGUCCAAUCACUCCAUGCCCACAUAGAUAGAUCCAUACCAAA